AUGGCACCAGUUGCGGGGGACAAUAGUGGUAAUGUAGCAAAGGGACCUGGUGGAAGCAGUGCACAUGCAAUCACGAAGUUGAUGCGCGUAGCAGAGUCGCACCUCGCCAUGCUCGUAGCGUCCAACCCCACGAAACUGUCAGACGCAGCACAUCGAUACAGAGAGAAGAGAAGCCGACAUCCGCCCCCAGGCUUUGACAAAUGGUUUGCUUAUGCGAAGGCAAAAGAUGCGCUGGUACCUGAAACCUUCUUCGACCAGAUAUACCACGAUUUAGGUCCGUUUUGGGGAAUACCUGUAAACGAUGUGCAGCGCAGUGUACGUGGCUUCGGUCCCAAGGUUACAGUGCGCGGGGGAGUCGUUGACUCCGAUGUGAAGGGGUCCUAUGAGCGAGUGAACGGCCUGAUGGCUAUGCUUGAGGAGCUGAGGAAGGAGGGUGUGGAGGUGCCUGAUAUAAACCUUCCGCUCAAUGUCAACGAUGAGAUUGCUAUGCUAGUACCGUGGGAGACGAUGGAAACGGCGGUAGAGUUCGCGAGGACGUUCAUGCCUCCUCCGCAGGACGUCGUGGGUACUUUCACUGCACUGGAAGACGACGGUAUAGAAGAGGGUACUUUCGAUCCCGAAUGGCUCGACGAUCGCAUGCACCAUAAAGCUGGCAGGCCUUAUCUUGGUCUACGGCCACUGUGGUCUCUAGUAAAGCCUGCGUGCCCUCCGAAUUCGGCAACGGCGCAAGGAGACCUUAUGGCAGAUAUUUGGCAACCUGAGGGACACACGAAGGUUGAGCACAGUGUUGCCGCGCUGCUGCCCCUCAAAUUACCAGCAAAUUCAUCAGAGGGUUAUGUGGCGAACUGGACGGUGGCUAGCGAUAUAUGCGAGAGACCAGAAUUGCAAGGUCUGUAUGGGAAUUUCGUCGCGCCCAAGUCAAUGAGCGUGACUCAGAAGCUUUUCCCACUGUUCUCGGCUUCGAAGAUAUCCGGAUCGAACGAAAUCUUGCUUCCCACUUUCUCAUCGUUCAAUACCUCCACUACGGCUUCCCGGCUUCCAUGGAACGAAACAGAAACGAAGCUUCACUGGCGUGGGAGCGCCUCAGGAGGCACAUUUUCGAAAUUGAGCUGGCGGCGUAUGCAUCGGCAUAGGUUUGCGAGCAUGCUCAACGCGACGCACGUCGAGAUAGCAGAGGCCAUGUUGCAUGUUGGGAAUGAAACGGCCGUAGGGCUUGGGUAUGCGGGCAACUUCCGACUAUUGCCCGCAAACGCGUAUCAUUUGGAUACACAAAAAGGUGCGAGAAUGGCGGAGUGGGUGAGUGGAUGGGCGGACGUAGGCUUCACUGACUUGCAGUGCGAUGAGCCUGGUGAGGACGGCACUUGCCCGUAUACCGACGAAUUUUUCUCCGUGAAGGAAGAACCAGGCGAUGUGAAAGGUCAAUACAAGUACGCUGCGGUACUCGACGGUACCGCUGGCGAUGACGGCGGAGAGUUUGUGCAACGUCUUGUCGAGGGCAGAGUAGUCCUUAGAGCCAGCGUAUAUAAGCAGUGGUUCGAUGCUCGGCUUGUUCCUUGGCUACAUUUCGUGCCAUUGGAUAAUACCUUUGUCGACCUGUAUGGUAUUAUGGAGUACUUCCUCGGCACUGGUGUCCCAUCCUCACCUCAAACGUUCGCACACGCUCAUGUCGAACUUGAGAAGCAUGAGCAUCACUUUCAGACACCGCAUUGGGACGAGGAGGCCGAAAAGGUCGACGGCGGUGAAGAAGAUCAUGAGAAGCAUGGCAGGAGGUCGGUCGAUGUGCAAGAGGUACAAUCAGGCAGCGGCAAUGGACACGAUGCGCAAGCCCAAAGAAUCGCCGAAGCAGGCCAGCAGUGGGCACAUCAAGUCCUUAGAAGAGACGAUAUCUUGAUCUAUACGUAUCGCUUGUUGCUGGAAUACAGGCGCGUCGUGGAUGCGAAGCGGCAUACUAUGGGUUGGGUCGGCGAUUUGUUUGUGGAAGGAGAGCGGCGUGCCCUCGGUGGUGAUGAAAGGAGCAACCACGGCACAACCUCCUAG